CGCACUAGCCAUCUUGCUAGAUCCAGCAUGCGGGUCAGCGCUAAACAUGUAAAAGAGAUGGAUAUCAGGAUCUCUUUUGCGUGUUUAGCGAAGUCCCGCGGCUUUUCCGUGUGCUGAAUUCAGCAGGAUAGAGUUCUCUCACUCAGAAAAUAAGCAGGCAGAAACCAUAAAAACAAAUUUGAUUGCCAGUAGAUAAAAGCAAAGGUUUAACAUUAUUUAAGACUGGUAAUACCGGGGAAAAUGUCAACCACCGAUAUGGCUUCCUCCUAUUCAUAUCCUGAAUUAUUUUUGGCGGGUUUUAUAUUUACUCUGCCUUUUUUAUACGAAAAAAGUAAUUGGUUUCGAUAUUAUCUGAAAUUUUUUCUUUACUAUGCAUAUGUAUUGACUACUUGCACUGUUUUAUUACCCGUUGUCCUGUUAUAUCCAAGAGAUGUUACUAACUUAAUAGUUGCUUCCAAAUUUUGUCGAUACGCCUCCUUUAUUGUGGGCAUAGAAUGGGAACUACGGGGUAUGGAAAACUGGAAUAAUGAACAAUGCUUUAUUGUAAUAUCCAACCAUCAGAGUUCUUUAGAUAUUUUAGGUAUGUUUGAGAUGUGGCCGCAAAUGAAAAGAUGCACAGUGGUCGCUAAAAGACCUUUAAUGUUUGCUGGUGCUUUUGGGUUCGGGGCUUGGCUAUCCGGACUAGUUUUUAUAGAUCGUUUAAAAACCGAUAAGGCAAGGCUAUUAAUGAGAAAGGCUACUGAGCGCGCUAUAAUGGAGAAGACAAAAUUGUGGAUUUUUCCUGAAGGAACAAGAUAUAAUAAGGGAAGCAUUCAACCAUUUAAAAAAGGAGCAUUUUAUUUGGCAAUUGACGCUCAAAUACCGAUUAUGCCCGUUGUUUUUAGUCAGUACUAUUUUCUUGAUAGUGAGACAAAGACUUUUGAACCGGGAAAAGUCGUUAUUACAACAUUGCCUCCUAUAUCCACGAAAGGUAUGACUCGUGAUGAUUUAGACACCCUCUCAGAAAUGGCUCGCCACCGAAUGAUAGAUGCGUUUCACGAUAGCUCCAGAGAUUUAGUUGUGCAGAAUAAAAUAGUAAUUUAAGUUAAAUUGUAAUGUCUACCUCAAGUAUAUUAAAAAUAUUUAUUAUUAAAAAUAUACUUUUCUAUGGCAUAAUUGCGAUAGGGAAAAUGCAGUGUUUUUUAUUAUAGCUUUAAUUU